AUGGGGUUACCUGCAUGUUCACUGGAGGCGCCGAAGGCGUCGAAUUCCUCCAACGGGAGGUUCGCGCCUGUCCCCGUCGUCGGGAGCUCCCCAGAAAGUUUCUCCACUCCUCUUGGGGCCUCAUCUUCGCUCCCACCGUCUGGCGCUCACCUCCUGUCUUCUUCUCUGGGCUGCCGGGCGCCUCUGUGGCGGCCUUUGCAUGCAGCGAGCGGAUCCGAGGAAGAGCUUCUCGAGCCGAAGGAGAAAACAAACCAAGAAGGGAGAGAAGAGAGAGGAAAGAACGGAGAGGCACGCGUGCACGAGACAGAAAGCGACGGGACUAGCCAGGCGCUCGGCAGGGCCUUUGCCUCCGGCUCUGAGAACUGCCAAGAGGACUCGGGAGAAGUCCCGAUGCCCCGGUUGGGGGAACUGUUUGAGUCCUUGCCCACGCCUGCCUUUUCGCUUUCGACCCAGCGAGGCCUCCCGCAGUGUCUCCUGGCUCCGCAUCUGAGAAGGGAGUUGAGUACUGUGCGGCUUCUCGACAUUCCUGCAGGCGAGGCGCUUCUCCUCCAGCCGGUGUACGAGCAGUGGUGGAAGACCGUCGAAGCUUCCGAACUUUGUGAGGAUGCCGCCGGAGGGGCAAUGCCCGAGAAGGCGCGUCUCUGCAGGCGCUGCUUAGAAGAAGAAGAAGAGGGAAUGCCUAAGCGAGGCCGCGUCUCCAGUGGAACGGAACCCAGUUCCUCGGAAAGCUCCCCGCUCGCCGGUCUCUCUCCUGCAGGUCCCUCGCUACACGAAGGCUCUUCCUGCCAGUUGGGCCUUCCUCCGGAGGAGGAGGAGGCCGGCGAAAGGGCAGCAUGCGAGGCGGACUCGGAUGCACACAGCGCGAAGAGGAGGCGCUUGUUGUCGGUCGACGGCUCUUCCGCGCCUUCUCGGACAUGCGAACGGGGAGCGUCCCCGAGGUCUCCGGAGCUCGGAGAAAAGACCGAAGUCGCCGAAACCUUCCGGGAGAGCGCUUCGCCGACGGAUCUCCAGGUGGCUUGUCCGUCGCGAGCUUCGUCUGCGUCGAUCCCACCGCGUGCGACUUUGCCAGUCUGCGACUUGGCAGGCUUCGCCCUGCACCUGAUGGCGCGGGACCUGCAGAGUGCAGAAAGCAUUUAUCCAGUAAAUCAAAAAUCCGCGCAACGAGGCGGCGAGAAGGCCCAAGGGCAUGCACUGGCGCGAGUUGGUGUGGGGUCGUCGGCGGGGCGCCAGACCCUCGACGCCCGCAAGCUCAUGUCGCUCGCCGUCUGCAUGCAGGCGCACAUCGUCACCGCGCCUUCCGAGGAACUCAAGGUGGGGUCGACAACGAAGGCCGAGACAACGGAGAGCGUGGAGACAGCGAUGACGGAUGCGAAGAGCGAAGGGGCGAGGGGACUUGAGAGACUUGAGACCGAGGACGACGAGAGGGCGCUGCACCGUCUGGCGUCGAAGCGUGAGGUCCGAAUGAUUCGUCACGCCGAAAUUUUGCUUCAAGAGGUAGUUGAGGAGCUGCGCAGCGAGCUGAGGAAGAAGGAGAAAGGCUGCUGUUCUGCAUGUGGAAGGCAGAUGGACGCGAGGUCCUUCUUCUUGGUGCACGGAGAACAGAAAGACGGAGACACUCAAGCUGUCGCCCCUCCCUCUUUGCCUCACCUUCUCGCGAACCUUCAAGGUGGAAGCGACCCUCAGCUCCGCCAGUGUGUGGGCCAACGCCUCGCUGCAGUUCUCACUGCCGAUGUCUCUUCUUCUGCAGAUGGCUCUUCUCCGCCUUGCGAUUCUCGUGCAUCCCGGGAGCCUUCUCUGUCUUCUGCGCGUCCCGCUUCUUUCCCCCGCGCGGCCUUUGUCAGCGGGGUCUCUGUUGGAGGGCUGGGCUACGGCGAAUCUCUCUCUGAGAGACGCAAACUUUUUGCCGCAUCUAUUAAUUCGGCGCCUCUGUUUCGACAGCCGACGAGUGUUCGCUUUCUCCCGCUGCACCGCGGCGGACCUCUGGAGCUCCUCCACGCCUUCUGUUGCGGCGCGGACGUCAUUCAGGGCGGGGAGACCAGCGAGCAUGCAGAGCGCGGCAUCGCCUACAGCUUUGAUCCAUAUGAUCUUCUUCAAGACGAAGAAGAGGAAGGAGAGAGCGCAGGACAGAACGGAGGAGAGAAGGACGUGGAGAAACUCGGUCGAAGGGGCGAGGCAAUCUCUCGCGAGGCGGACGCGCGAGCAGCUCAGGAGAUGCUGGAGCGCGCUGCCGCGGCGGGCAUGGCAAGUAGAUUGCUUCAUUUGGACCUGACGUCUGAGGUGUACCGCGACGAUUUCAGGCCCAUCAUGGAGAAGAGAAGCCGAGGCGUUUCGAGGGCGACAGGCUGUCUUUCUUCACGGAACUGCGGCGGCAGUGAAGCGAGCAAAGACGAGGAGACGCGCGCUUCGCAGAGAGGGAAAGAGGGAGCCUCUUGUCGCUGGAGCACAGUCCAGGACAGUCGAGCGUACAUACACCACCUUUUCAACUGCAGCGAGUUGAUGGGGCCGGUUCUGCUGCUUCACCACAACCUGCAGUGUCUCCUCGCACUGUUCGAGGUUUUCAGGAUCUUCUUGCGGCGCGGCGAACUGCGAGUCGCCGUGCACCGUUUUCUCCGCAGAUGCUGUGAGAAGGGCGCCGGUGGACAGACGCGGCCGGUCGCGCUCUCUAAGGACAGAAAGCUGAGCCUUGCGUCACUGCCGAGAGGCGAGGCGCAUGGCAACUGCAGAGCGAUCACGGCCUGA